AUGUCUGCAACGGUGAGCAAUAAUGUCUCAUCGGCGAGGCGUGCAGAUGGUAAGGAGGCCAUAGCCAGCUCCUCCAAAGGCGGCAACUACAAAGGCUUUGUCGCCGGUGUCUUCUCUGGAAUCGCAAAGUUGAGCGUGGGGUAUGUGCCCGACUCUGGUAUAAUUUGAAGGAAUCCGGUUCUGACGCCCGACAACAGACAUCCGUUCGACACAAUCAAAGUACGCCUGCAGACUUCGAAGCACUCUCAGUUCAAGGGACCGCUUGAUUGCCUUCUGCAGACGCUCCGCAAAGAAGGCAUCAAUGGCAUCUACAAGGUCGAUCAACUCAGCGCUGCAGUGCCUAAAUAUCUGGCUGAUACUCUACACAGGGAGCGACGCCACCGUUCAUCGGAUGGAUGUGCAUGGACAGUGUCAUGCUGGGCUCCUUGACAUUAUACCGCCGCCUUUUGAACGAGCAUGUCUUCCAACCUAUGCGUGCCCGGCAAUCUCACCCUGCCAUCUGGAUGAGCGAUGACGAGAGGAAGAAGUUACCCGCCGUUGGCCAUGGUAUCGCGGGCAUGUUCGCCGGUUGGACCGUCUCCUUCAUCGCUGCCCCAGUCGAACACGUGAAGGCCAGGCUACAGGUCCAGUAUCAGGCCAGCAAAGCUGAGAGACUCUACCAUGGACCGAUCGACUGUGCGCGGAGAAUCUUCUCUGGCCACGGUGUCCGAGGACUAUGGCAUGGUCUAUCCGCUACCCUGGUCUUUCGGACCUUCUUCUUCGCGUGGUGGGGAACAUACGACAUAUUCACUCGAUGGUUUCAGAAGAACACAAAUCUCAGCGCACCGGCGAUCAACUUCUGGGCCGGCGGUCUCUCUGCACAGGUCUUCUGGCUGACCUCAUACCCAUCAGGUAACAGCCCUAACCCGUUGCUCAGGGCGUCACUGCUGACAGCAUUCUUCCAGACGUCGUCAAACAGAGAAUCCUGACCGAUACCCUCGGCCCCGAGCGAAAAUUCCCGCACUGGAGGAACGCAGCCGUUGCCGUCUAUCGCGAAUCCGGCCUGAAAGGAUAUUGGAGAGGCUUUGUACCAUGUUUCCUGCGCGCAUUUCCAGCGAAUGCAAUGGCGCUGGUGGCAUUUGAAGGCGUUAUGAGGGCUUUGAAUUGA